AUGGCGAGUCUCUUCGUCCUCUUCGCUCUCUCUUUCUUCUCAAUCUCCCAAACCAACGCCGUCACCGACCUCGAAUCUCUCUUCUCCUCCACCACCACCGCCACUCCGCCGUCUCACCAAUCACCACAGUCUGCACCAGACGUCACAGACCAGACCUCGUUCUUCUCACACACAGCUCUCCUUGAGUCGAUCCUCUCUCACCUCGGCUUCAAUGAGCUGGCCACGGCGGCGCCCUAUCUCUCCAUCACCGCGGAUGCGGCUUCAGCAUCCACCACCUGGUCUGGUCCCUCCACACUCUUUGCUGCCUCCGACUCCUCUCUCCGCACGUGCAUCUCAUGCUCCAUCCCCUCGCUUCUCCGCGAACACCUCAUUCCUGGCCUCUUCACCACCGACUACCUCCGGAAACUCACCUUCGGAACCAAAAUAGAAACCCUAGCCCCCGGCCGCUGCGUCACGAUCACUUCAAACAAACACCAGAACGACACCGUUUCCAAACUCUUCGUGUCCGGCGUUGAGAUCACUCAUCCGGACCUCUUCAAUAACGGCCUCGUUAUUGUUCACGGCAUCCAAGGCUACAUCUCGCCUCUCUCGCCGUUAUCUUGUGACGUGGAGCGGAUGACGUCACUCUCGUUCCAGAAUAAUGAUCACCAUCAGAACCAGAUCAUCCAAGACAACCACUUGUUUCAAAACCAGCCGCCGAUCAUGCGGUUGAUGUUACGCGACGCGAUGCUCCGCCUCCGCAACAACGGCUUCAGCAUUCUCUCGCUGGCCUUCAAGGUGAAGUAUCCAGAGCUCGUCAUGCUCAACAACAUGACCGUGUUCGCUCUUGAUGACGUGGCGAUCUUCUCUGGAUCGUACACGUAUAUCAGUAAUAUUCGGUUUCACAUCGUGCCGAAUCAUUACUGGACGGUUGGUGAGCUCGAGAGGUUGCCGGUGGGUACCGCGUUGCCGACGCUGGUGAGAGGAGAGUCGUUGGUAGUUACAGCGGCCGGAGGCGGUGUCGGAGUUAUGGCGGCGCCGUUGAGGAUUAACUACGUGAGAGUGAAGGUUCCUGAUGUGAUGCGAAACUUAAAGAUCAUAAUCCACGGUGUUUACUUGCCGUUUCCGCAUCUCCAUCACAAGGCUGACUUGUACGAUCAUGUGGCGAGGGGAGCGGGUGGCCUCGGAGUAUCAGACGGUGGAGACCAUUUCGGUGAGGGUGCAUGCUCGGCGAUGAAGGAGCAGGACGGAAGUUGUGGUUUGGCCCCGCCGGCUUCCAAGAUCGAUAAUAAGAAACCAACGGUGGAGAUAGAAGAUCAUCAUAUGCUGUGAUGAUGACGUAUCGUUUUAUUGCUUAGUCAGCGUAUUAGUCAACUGUUGACUCUUGAGUCACGAAGGGGUAA